AUGGCUGACGACGCUGGCGCUGCGAUGCAAGGCCUCAAUUUCGGUAACGGCGGGGGUGGCAACCCGGGCAACGCCGGAUCGGCUACUGGCAACAAUGGGGCGGGUGCCGGCGACGGCGGCCCCGGCCCUGGUAACAACGGCACUGGCGGCACUGGUGAUGGCCAGCCCGCUGGCAACGCUGCUGGCACGGGCAUUGGCAAUGGUGGCGACUCGAACGGCGGCGGGGACGGCGGCGGCAACGGCCCCGCACCCGAUCCGGAAAGCGAAGACGCUCGCAUUGUGCGUCUCACCCGCGAGCUCGAAGAGGCCUUUGCGGCCCGCGCAAACAAGGCUGGCGGCUCAUCCGAUUUGGGCUCCAUGUUCAUGUCCAAGGACGACGCGGCCAAUGCUCGUGCGGCCAUCGCGAAGCCGACUGCUCCUCCUCCCUGCCCUAUCCAGCCCGGCUUCCAAGCGGACCCUCAGGCUACAGCCAUCAGCGAGACGGCACGCAAGACCAUCCGUCGUCUUGGGUACUGCCCGCUCACCUCACUCGAUUCGGAGGCACGUACUCGCGCUAGCCGCGGCGGCGGGCCGGCCAUGGACUUGCAGCCCGACGGCUCGUUCAAGGAACGUGACCUUGACCGCAGCCGGGAGCGCUUCAUAGACGAGCGCCGGUUCAACUCGGCUGCGGACACGUACGUACGUGUCCUCAAGGAGGAGGUGCUGCACACUGGUGCAGGUACCGACGAGGCCUUCAAGUCGCAUUUCACGAUCUGCAAGGGCUUGUUCGACUCGCACUUCUUCCACGUCGUCAUGGCGUAUGACCAACGUAACCGCGAGAUACAUGCGGCAGAUCACCGUCACGAUAUUUCCACCCUGAACAUGCGCUUGCUCGCCAUCGUAUCGACGGCGGCGCCUCCCGGUGGUUCUGCACCCGCUACCCCGUCUAAGCGCCAUGCCGACUCUGCUCCGUCGUCGUCGCACGCGCCUCCUCGUAAGGUCGCACGGUCAUCUGCACAACACACGUCGGAGACUAAGGGCCAGCGCUGCUUUCGCUGUGGCGAGUACAGCGGCCACAUGCCCGUUGGUUGCCCAGCCGAGCUUACCACGGCAGGGCGCACUGCCUUCGAGCUCGCCAAGGGUUCACGUUCCCAGAAUGCCCUCAUCAGUCCCUCUGGUCGUACCGUCUGCUUCAACUGGGCCUCAAGUGGCUACUGUCGCACGGUGCCGCCGCCUGCUCCGCUUAGUGAUCCUCGUGGAGUCGUGACGCCGCUCGACGCAAACGCCAUCGAGACGCUGCUGGGCAAGUUGGGGCUUCUCGGGGAGUGGCAACACGUGAUCGAUAGCUUGCGCUCGGGCUUCGAUGCCGGUGUUGAUACAAAAGUAGACCGUACAUUUAUCCCUAAAAAUCACUCGUCAAUUCAACUCGAUCCCACUUUCAUUGAUACUUAUAUUGCGGCCGAAGUCGCGGCCAAUCGCUUUGUGGGACCUUUCGAGCCCGACACUCUCGAGCGCAUCAUAGGUCCUUUCCGCACAAACCCGCUGGGGCUGGUACCAAAGCCCGGCACGGACAAACAUCGUAUGGUCAACGAUUUAUCAUUUCCUCGCGACGGUGAUCCCGUCCCCGCCGUCAAUCUCGCUAUCGACCGGAGCCAGUUCAUUACCGAAUGGGGCGACUUCACAAAAAUGGCGCAAGCCGUCCUCGACGCGCCUCCUGGCACAAUGGCUGCGACCUUCGACAUCUCAGCUGCCUACCGCAUAACCCCCAUCCGGCCCGACCAGCAGCACGUUCUCUGUGUUACGUGGCGAGGGAAAGUUUACAUCGACCGCGCCGCCUGCUUCGGUAUGGCCUCAAGCUCCGGCAUCUUUGGUGCUAUUGCGGACAUGCUCGUCGCCAUAUACAAAGCAUCUGGAUACCGUGUCGUGCUUAAAUGGGUGGACGACUUUGUCGUUUUUCGACUACCCGGCGACAGUUUCAGCGAGGAGGACUUCGUUCACCUUACAUCGGCCCUCGGUGUCCCCUGGUCGGUGGCCAAAACACGCUCCUUCGCGUACCGCCAGAAAUAUAUCGGUUUCAUCUGGGACCUCGUGCGCAAGACGGUCGCGAUGCCAGAGGAAAAGCUCUCGGCCCUCCGUUCCCUUCUAGACGCGUGGCUUGAGCCGAAGGCUAAAUUCAACGCCGGCGAGGCCGAGUCAUUGCAUGGGAAGGUCGUCCACGCGGCGACGAUUUUCCCUCUCGUCCGCCCCUUUCUUCCCUCCAUCUCGCACUUCCCGCGCGGUUUCAAGAACGGCUACACAAAGCACUCGCUCCCCGGCCCCGUGCAGAAGGACAUCACAUGGAUCCGCGACAUCCUCGAGCACGCCCCGAACGAGAUAUCGCUGACGAGGGAGGAGCCUCUCGAUAUCGGCUGGUGGGGGGAUGCGAGCUCGUCGUGGGGGAUCGGCGUGGUUGUGGGCUCAUUCUGGGCGGCCUGGCACUGGGCCGACGGCUUCACGGUGGGACCGAAGUGCAAUCGGGACAUCGGUUGGGCAGAGGCGGUCGCUGUCGAGCUGGGUCUACGCAUGGCCGUCCAUCACGGCAUUAUCGGGGCGAGGCCGACCAACCGAUCGCGCAUACUCGUCCGGUCAGACAACGCCGGCGUCGUGGCUGUCGUGAACAAAGGCCGGUCCAAGAGUGCGCACACCAACGGCGUCCUCAAGGACAUCUAUCGCACCUUGGUGUCAGAGGGCAUCGUCUUGUCGGCCGACCGCAUUCCCGACCGCGACGACGCACUCGCUCUUAUCGCUGCCACCUCAUCUCGUUGGCUGUCUCGUCCCCUCGUCAUGAAGGCCUCCGCGUGGCGCAUCGACCCACCAUCUGAGCCCGGUCAACCCGGAAGUCUUGUCUCUGUUACAUUAUCUUUAAAACCGUCGCGGUUUCGGCCCGACGUCUCGUCCGAUGACCGUAUCUACAAGUGGUGUGGUCCUAACACGCCACCGCUGUCUGUCCUCCCUACUCGUCUGUUUCAGUAUCUACAAAUGCGUGCCAUACAUGAAGUUCUCGCCGAAAAGACAACCUCCGGCUACGGCUCGGGUCUCCGCAAGUUCCACGUCUUUUGCGACAUUUACAGUAUCCCCGACGAAGCUCGGCUGCCCGCUUCGUUCGAGCUGUUAAACUCUUUCGCCCACUGGGCGUCAACCGAACCCGACCCCUCUGACCCGGAGCUCUCACGCGGUGAUUGCUUCGAGCCCGUCAGCACCGGAACUGUCAAGACAUACCUGUCGGCAAUCUCAACAUGGCACGUCAUCCAAGGCUGGCCAGCCCCCUUGUCAAAGGUCAACUACGAGCGCAUCAAGACAUCGCUUCGUGGACUGGGGAAGCUGCAGAAGGAGCCACGCAGUCGGCCACCGAGGCCACCCGUAACUCUGCCGAUGCUCGCCGCAAUCAAGCGGAGCCUAGACCUUUCAUCGCCAUACGAUGCGUGCCUCUGGGCCAUCGCCACUUGUGCCUUCUGGGGCAUGAUGCGGUUCGGCGAAGCAACCGUCGACGCGCGCAAGGACUAUAACCCCAAGAAGAAACUCGCUCGGAAACACGUCUUCUUCGGUCACGACCUCGACGGGAAGCCGUACGCGCGACUCGACCUGCCCACCGCCAAAACCGCGAAACAGGGCGAGAUUCAGAAGAUCUUUCUCACGGCUCAAGGAGAGUACUGCCCGCUGGCAGCGCUUCAGAAUCUGGCACGAGUCGUCCCGGCUGAAGCAGACGACCCCCUCUUCUCGUGGGUGGACAGCACGGGCAGCAUACGGCCCAUGACGCGGAGCGCGGCUCUCAGCAGCCUCAACGAGAUCACGCAACGACAUGGUUGGGGGACUGCGUUCGGCCACUCAUUCCGGAUCGGUGGCGCUUCCUUUUACCUCGCUCAAGGCGUGAGCCCGGAGAUCGUACGACUCGCCGGACGGUGGAAGUCGCUAGCGUACGAGACGUACAUCCGCGCAUUCGAGCAGGUCGCUUCACGGCACUUGUCCGGGUUAGGUGCGGGCCAGCAACCGUUCGUGCGACCCGCUUCGGCUCUGGUUGGGGGCGCGGCGCGGUAG